AUGUCGCCACCGCUGGUACCGUUCGUGGUGUGCGGCACGAAGAAAGGUUCGGUGCCGUUCGCGCGCGUGAAGACGAAAUACGGCAAGACGCACACGAGAAUUGACAACUGCUCGGGCGAUGUUUCGCUGCUGUUGUCGACGCUCACGCGCGCGCUCGGAUGUGGUGGAAGCGUGUGCGAUGAUAAGAAAUCCGUCGUCAUCGCGUUCGACGAAUCUUUCGAUCGCAUCGUGAAAGUACUGAAGUCGUUCGACCCGCGGUGCGUACGCGGCGUGCGCGGUGCCGAGACGAGCGUUCCCGUCUCGAGAGCGAGCGCGAGCGCGCCGACGAGAGAGCCGAGGACAAAGCCGCGACACGGUGCGACGGGGAGUGGGAAAGGUGUGAGUGGUGCUGCGGGGCGUGCCGAACCGAUCGUCAUAACGAAGCGAGGCGCGCAUGAGAGCGCUAAACAGUCCAUCGACGGAUACCGCUUGCUCUUGAGCAGGUGGCCGUACUGGGACGGCGACGUUUCGAGAAUGUACGACAUGUAUCACAGACAUCGAAGGCUUAAUGACGAUGUGGUGAUGUCGUUCGAUGCAGACUCGAUUCUGCAAUCCAGUGCGACGGACACGAACGCGAUGAGCGACUUCGACCGCGCGGCGCAAUGCGCUUCGACGGAGGAUGCGCUUCGGACGCUUGGCAUGUUAGCUAUGCCAAGCGAGUUUCGUCAAUCGCGGCUCGAACGACAGCGCGAGGCCGCGAAGAGGAAAGAAAGCGUCGCACGUGUGUCGAGUGGGCCCAAAACGUCUUCCGCGGUUGUCGACAUUGAUCCGUUUGCUGAAUACUUGCAGCACGAUCGUGGGUUUGCGCCGGCGCGCGUUUCGUCAAAGCCCGCCGGCGCGCCGAGACUUCGACGUUGGUUUCAGGCGCACGGCGAGCGGAAAGUUUACAUUUGGCGGAGAGGAUCGAACGCAGACGCGCGUCGCAUUUGA